CACGUCAACACGCAGUUCAAGUGCCUUCUUGACGUUACCGCGGUGGAUUUCCCUGAGCGCGAGGCUCGCUUCGAGGUGGUUUACCACCUGCUCAGCCCGCGCUGGAACAACCGCAUCCGCGUGAAGGUGUGCGUGGACGAGGUGACGGCCGUUCCCACCGUCAGCAAGCUCUUCAACACAGCCAACUGGUUUGAGCGCGAGACCUGGGAUAUGUUCGGUGUGUUUUUCUCGGGCCAUCCCGACCUCCGCCGCAUCCUCUCCGACUACGGCUUCACCGGCCACCCGCUCCGCAAGGACUUCCCCCUCAGCGGCUACAUGGAGGUGCGCUACGACUACGGCAAGAAGCGCGUGGUCUCGGAGCCGCUGGAGCUCACGCAGGAGUUCAGGUACUUUGACUUCAACAGCCCGUGGGAGACCCUGAACCGGUAAACGGCCUCCUAUCACCUCCUACGGCGGCCCCUCUGCGGUAGUCCGCUGCCGGCGACUCGGCUGUGCAGUCUCCAGCUCCCAGCCGCUGCAGCUGCAGCUGGUGCACAGAGCGAUGGACUAGCGGGAUAGCAGCAGGAAGGAGGGGGCUGCUACAGCUGCUGCUGGCAGGUAGCCGCUGGGGUAAGGAAAGAGCGUUGCAGCAGCGGCUGCCGGCGCACAGCAGCUUGUAGGCACAGUUGUGUCGCUACAUUGGCACAACAGUCCGGCUGCCGAUGGGGGCGAAUGGAGAUGUGGCACGCUGUGGAUCCCCAAGCAUAUGGGGAAAUUAGCCUUCAGGGGGAUGACGUGCUGAGAUGGGAAGGAGGAAGCGUGUGUGGGGCGGGUUGCUGAUUUGCAGGGAAAGAAGGGGGCAGGGAAAGCGCAUGCUCUUUUGUUUGCGCGUUAGGUUGCAUUAGCGUGGUUGCUCUGCUGGGUUUGUGGUGAGCACUGCAGGGAAGCUGUAGGGGAGGAGGGUCGUGGCAUCGCGCUUGCAGGCGUGGGGCGGCACCAUGCGCUGGGUGUUGAGACCGGAGGUUGUGGCGAUGUAACUGCAGCCGGCGCAGGCGAAAGCUUAGGUUGCCGUACACCAUUCAUUCGCCAUGGGCUGUACGGCAUUGCCGCACAGCCAUGCGAAUCGCGUGCGAGGCAUCGCGCCUUAUCGUCGCGUUGGGCAUGUGGGUUUCGGAUUAGGCGCGGAGUAUGAAGCUUAACAACUUGAAGGGCGGUUUGCUUUUGUCGCUGUUGGGGCUCGGUGUGAGUGCGGCAUGGGAGUUCUGCCGGUUUUGGGAGGACGCCGUCAUACAACAUGUCGUACGGAAGAAGGGAUGGUGUCACGUGGCGGACAUGAAUGCCAUGUCCCUAAUACAGGUUUGGGACUUAAUGGCGCU